AUGUACCAGAUUGUCCCGGUGGCUCCCGGAGAGUCUCACCUGGACGGGGGCCUUGGGGACUCGCCUCUGAAGAAGAAGAAGGGGUAUGAAGGGCGCCCCCUGGUGUUGGCUGCGCUCCUGGGCUGUGGGCUCAUGCUGGCGGCUGUGGUCGCCUGGUGCUACUACUCUGCGUCUCUGAAGAAAGCCCAUCUGCUGAACACCGAGCUGCUGGACCUGAAGAAGGACGGGUUUGUCAUCCGGAACCAGGCGGGGGCGGCCAUCUUCACUAUGGCGUUUAGGUCUGGUGUUCUGGAUUUGGAUUCCUGCUCAAAAGAGAAAAACCUUCUGAGAUGCACCCGCUCUAACUCUGGGAAGGUGAACUUUUUCAUCCAGCCGGUGCGGCCCAAAGACACGGUGACCACACGAUGCUACCGCGUGCGCUGGGAGGAGCUGGAGGAGAAGGCCCUGGUGGAACACGCCAUGGGCUGCAAUGGUUCUCACUGGUACGGAGGAGCAGAGCUGGCCACGCAACACUGGCCCAUCAAAAUCCAUGGGGAAGAGGAGCCACGGCCCUUCAUCACCAGCGACGUCUACUCAAAGAGAAGUGCUUUUGGGGGGAUUCUGGAACGUUACUGGCUUUCUUCCAACGCUACAGCCAUAAAGAUUAACGACUCGGUGCCCUUCCAUCUGGGCUGGUCUGAGCAGGACAGGACUCUGCGGUUCCAGGCCCGGUACCAGGACUCUCCCUUCAAACCCGAGGAGGGACGGCCGGCGCUUCCCGAGCUCAGCUACAGAGUCUGUGUGGGCUCCGACGUCACCUCCAUUCACAAAAUCAUGGUGCGCAGGUAUUUCCCAAAGCCCAUAAAGGUGCCAUCCCACGACGUGUUCAAGCACCCGGUGUGGUCCACGUGGGCGCUCCACAAGUCGUCCAUCACCCAAGAGAAGCUGCUGCAGUUCGCCUCCGACAUCUCCUCGCACGGCUUCUCCUCCUCGCACCUGGAGCUGGACGACCGCUACACGGCCGACUACGGCGAGUUCGACUUCGACCCGCAGAAGUUCCCCAACGCCAGCGGGAUGUUCGACACGCUGCGAGAGUCCGGCUUCAAGGUGUCGCUGUGGACUCACCCCUUCAUCAACUACGACUCCAUCAACUUCGGCGUGGCGGUGGAGAGAGGGCUGUUCGUGAGGGAGCCCUCCGGGGAGCUUCCUGCGCUGGUGCGAUGGUGGAACGGCGUGGGUGGGAUUUUGGAUUUUACAAAUCCGGAAACUCGGGAGUGGUACUCGGCUCACCUGCGCGCUCUCAAGAACCGCUACGAGAUCAGCUCCUUCAAAUUUGACGCCGGCGAGACGAGCUACCUCCCGCGUCAGUUCAGCACCAAGAACCCGCUGUCCGACCCGUCCACGUUCACGCGGCGCUACAGCGAGAUGGCCGUGCCCUUCAGCGAGCGCGCCGAGCUCCGCGUGGGUUACCAGAGCCAGAACAUCUCCUGCUUCUUCCGCAUCAUCGACAGGGACUCGGUCUGGGGCUACGAGCUCGGCCUCAAGUCCAUCAUCCCCACCGUCCUCACCAUCAGCAUUCUGGGAUACCAGUUUGUGCUGCCGGACAUGAUCGGAGGGAACGCCUACCCCAACUACACCACAGGAGAUGGAGGUCUCCCCGACAGAGAGCUCUACAUCAGAUGGUUGGAACUUUCUGCCUUCAUGCCAGCGAUGCAAUUCUCAAUCCCACCCUGGGAAUACGACAAAGCGGUGGUGGAGAUUGCGCAGAAGUUCACAAAGCUCCACGAGACGCUCGUGGCCCCACGAGUGCUGGAGCUGGCGGGGGAGGUCCUGGACACCGGAGACCCCAUCAUAAGGCCUCUGUGGUGGAUCGCCAACGACGACGAGGCUGCCUACAAGAUCGAUUCCCAGUUCCUGAUCGGAGAUGAUCUGAUGGUGGCCCCGGUGAUGGAGCCGGGGAAACAGGAGCGGGACAUCUACCUCCCCGCGGGGCGAUGGCGAAGCUACAAGGGCGAGCAUUUUGAUAAAGGGCCAAUUUACCUCACGGACUACCCUGUGGACUUGGACGAGGUGGCCUACUUCAUAUGGGUCCACUGA